GCGGGCGGGAGCGCCGGGCCCGGCUGCCCGGAGCGCGCUCUGCGCCUGCGCCAGGCGGGCCGUUCGAAGGUGCCUGGGAUGAGGAGUAACUCGGUCUCCUAGCGACGCCCGGCUUGGCCCGACGCGGGCUGGCGGCAGCGCUGGAAUCGGGCCCGGGAGCGGCAAUGAGCUCGCACCUGCCUGCAGAACGCGUUACAGACACGGGCAGCGAUCCAAGGAAUGCUGGUUUAAAUAUCAAGUGAAUAAGGAUGUCAAUUGUCACAGUGCAGCUUGGGCAGUGUGGGAACCAGACUGGGCACGAGGUGUUCAGUGCUCUCUGCAGUGACAUCCGUGGCACCCAUGGGCUGUGUUCCAAGAAGGAGAAUGAAUCCUAUCAAGAUGCCUGCAAGGAACGGUUCUUCUGCGAGGAAGAGUCUGGAGGUACAGCUUUAAAGGGCUUUUUUCCCCUCUCAGGAUCAGUGCUCUCUGGUGUUCAGAUUUGGUUCUUAUCCAUGGCUGCCAGGUCUGGCCUCUGGAGAUACAACAGCCACUCACACUUCUGCCAGAAGCAAGGAUCUGGGAACAACUGGGCCAAUGGUUACUCUGUUCAUGGGCCCAGACACAAAGAAGCAAUCAUGAAUCUGGUGCAGAAAGAAGCAGAGAAAUGUGACCGACUCGGGGGAUUUUUCACGAUCAUGAGUAUGGCUGGGGGCACAGGAUCAGGCCUGGGAGCAUUUGUGACCCAGUGUUUGAGAGAUGCUUUUCCAACCUCAUUCAUACUGAACCACGUGAUCUGGCCCUAUGGCACUGGGGAGGUCAUUGUUCAGAACUACAACUCUGUUUUGACUCUGUCACAUCUGUACCACUCAUCAGAUGCCCUUCUUGUCCAUGAGAAUGAUGUCAUCCACAAGAUCUGUGCCCAGCUGAUGAAUAUCAAACAGAUUUCCUUCAGGGAUGUCAAUCAAGUCAUUGCUCACCAGCUGGGCAGUGUUUUCCAGCCCACUCACACAGCAGGAGGGGGCCCAGGCUACAGCAGAAACCCAUUAGGAGAUUUAAUGGAGACAUUGGUCCCACAUCCCGAGUUCAGGGUGCUGGGCCUGCGGAACAUCCCCCAGGUGCCUGAGACCUCCCUGGCGUACAGCACCUUCAGCUGGCCUGGCCUCAUCAAACACCUGAGGCAGAUGCUCAUUGCUAAUGCUCAAAUGGAGGAAGGUAUUGAUUGGCAAGUACGACCACCACAGCCAGGCUCCUCCACCCCCUCCACAAACAAACCCCUGCACUUCAACACUUCCAUUGCCAACCUGGUGAUCCUGAGAGGAAAAGAUGUGCACAGCGUAGACUUGGGAAGUUUCCAAGAUCCCUCAUUAUACACAUCGUGGCUAAACCCUCAGGAUGCUUUUAAUGCAUGGAAAACACCCAGAGCAUUUAACAAGUAUGAAAAGUCUGCUUCUUUGGUCAGCAACAGCCAGUUCCUGCUGAAACCUCUUGACAGCAUCGUAGGAAAAGCUUGGAAUAUGUUUGCUUCCAAAGCUUACCUUCACCAGUACACAAAGUUUGGAAUCCAAGAGGAAGAUUUCCUGGACUGCUUCACAACCCUUGAACAAGUUAUCUCCAGUUACACCAAUCUGUGAUUGAUUUCUUUGUUUAAAUGGUCUGAAGUAGAGAUUUUCUGAAAGAACCAAGCUGGAAAACCUUCCAUCAACUUCCUGAAGUAUGUAAAUGAUUGUACUGGAGUUAUUUUUCAGUCUUAGGAGCAGAGUGUCUGUGUGUGUGUGUUUGAAUAGCAAGAACUGAAUCUGAAUAUAUUCAUAUAUUCAUAGUAUUCUUAUUUAAUUUAUCUAAUAAAUGCCUAUUUUUCAAUACA